GCGCGGCUUGAGCCGCCGCCGCACUGACUGCGCGGUCUGCGGACCAUGGAGACCGGCGCCGGCCCACAUCCGCUGCGCCUGUUGGUCUGCCUGAUGCCGCUCUGUCUGGCGUUGCUUUUGGGACCAGGGAGGCCCGGGACCGCCGAGGAAGUCAUCCUCCUGGAUUCCAAAGCCUCCCAGGCUGAGCUGGGCUGGACUGCACUGCCAAGUAAUGGGUGGGAGGAGAUCAGCGGCGUGGACGAGCAUGACCGUCCCAUCCGCACAUAUCAGGUGUGCAACGUGCUGGAGCCCAACCAGGACAACUGGUUGCAAACUGGCUGGAUCAGCCGUGGCCGCGGGCAGCGCAUCUUCGUGGAGCUGCAGUUCACGCUCCGCGACUGCAGCAGCAUCCCGGGCGCCGCCGGCACCUGCAAGGAGACUUUCAACGUCUACUACCUGGAAACAGAGGCUGACCUGGGCCGCGGGCGUCCCCGCCCAGGUGGCAGCCGGCCCCGCAAGAUCGAUACAAUCGCGGCGGAUGAGAGCUUCACGCAGGGCGACCUGGGCGAGCGCAAGAUGAAGCUGAACACCGAGGUGCGCGAGAUCGGUCCGCUCAGCCGGCGGGGUUUCCACCUGGCCUUUCAGGACGUGGGCGCAUGCGUGGCGCUGGUGUCCGUGCGCGUCUACCACAAGCAGUGCCGCGCCACGGUGAGGGGCCUGGCGGCGUUCCCAGCCACCGCAGCCGAGAGCGCCUUCUCCACGCUGGUAGAGGUGACCGGAACGUGCGUGGCGCACUCGGAGGGGGAGCCCGGCAGCCCCCCGCGCAUGCACUGUGGCGCCGAUGGUGAGUGGCUGGUGCCCGUGGGCCGCUGCAGCUGCAGUGCGGGAUUCCAGGAACGUGGUGACAUCUGCGAAGCGCCCACAGGGGCCCUAACCCACAGUGGGAUCCCGUGGAGAACCCGGCGUUACUUACUUUCAGCGCCCUGGGAGGAGGAUGAGAUCCGCAGGGACCGAGUGGAGCCCCAGAGUGUGUCCCUGUCGUGGCGGGAGCCCAUCCCCGUCGGAGCUCCGGGGGCUAACAGCACCGAAUACGAGAUCCGAUACUACGAGAAGGGUCAGAGUGAGCAGACUUACUCCACGGUGAAGACAGGGGCACCUGCGGUCACAGUCACCAACCUGAAGCCGGCUACCCGCUACGUCUUUCAGAUCCGGGCAGCUUCCCCGGGGCCCUCCUGGGAGACCCAGAGCUUCAAUCCCUCCAUUGAAGUGCAGACCCCAGGGGAGGCUGCCUCAGGGUCCAGGGACCACAACCCUGCAGUCGUCGUCACCGUGGUGACCGUCUCAGCCCUCCUCGUCCUGGGCUCUGUGAUGAGCGUGCUGGCCAUGUGGAGGAGGCCCUGCCCCUAUGGCAAAGGAGGUCAGGACGCCCACGACGAGGAGGAGCUGUAUUUCCACUUCAAAGUCCCGACGCGCCGCACGUUCUUAGACCCCCAGAGCUGUGGGGACCCGCUGCAGGCUGUUCAUCUGUUUGCUAAGGAGCUGGAUGCAAAAACUGUCACACUGGAGAAAAGCCUUGGAGCAGGGCGGUUCGGGGAGCUGUCCUUCGGCCGCCUGCAGCUCCCUGGCCGCCAGGAGCUCCCCGUGGCCGUGCACACCCUCAGGGACGGCUGCUCUGACUCCCAGAGGCUCAGCUUCCUGGCUGAGGCCCUCACCCUGGGCCAGUUCGACCACAGCCAUGUCGUGAGGCUGGAGGGUGUCGUCACCCGAGGAAGCACCUUGAUGAUUGUCACUGAGUACAUGAGCCAUGGGGCCCUGGACGGCUUCCUGCGGAGGCAUGAGGGCCAGCUGGCAGCCAGGCAGCUGUUGGGGCUGCUGCCCGGGCUGGCAUCAGCCAUGAAGUAUCUCUCGGAAAUGGGCUACGUCCACCGGGGCCUGGCGGCCCGCCGUGUGCUGCUCAGCAGUGGCCUUAUCUGCAAGAUCUCUGGCUUUGGGCGGGGCCCCCGGGACCGAGCAGAGGCUGUCUACACCACCAUGAGUGGCCGGAGCCCAGCACUGUGGGCCGCCCCCGAGACGCUUCAGUUUGGACACUUCAGCUCUGCCAGUGAUGUGUGGAGCUUUGGUGUCGUCAUGUGGGAGGUGAUGGCCUUUGGGGAGCGGCCCUACUGGGACAUGUCUGGCCAAGACGUGAUCAAGGCAGUGGAGGAUGGCUUCCGGCUGCCACCCCCCAGGAACUGCCCCUCCCCCCUACACUGUCUGAUGCUAGACUGCUGGCAGAAGGACCCAAGUGAGCGGCCCAGGUUCUCCCAGAUCCACAGCAUCCUGAGCAAGAUGGUGCAGGACCCGGAACCCCCAAAGUGUGCCACGACCGCCUCUCCCAGGCCUCCCACCCCCCUGGCGGACCGUGCCUUCUCCACCUUUCCGUCCUUCGGCUCCGUGGGUGCAUGGCUGGAGGCCCUGGACCUGGGCCGCUACAAGGACAGCUUCACCGCUGGUGGCUACGGGAGCCUGGAGGCCGUGGCUGUCAUGGCCGCCCAGGACCUGGUGAGCCUGGGCAUCUCGUCGGCGGAACAUCGAGAGGCCCUCCUCAGUGGGAUCAGCGCCCUGCGGGCACGCAUGCUCCAGCUGCAAGGCCAGGGGGUGCAGGUGUGAGCCGCGCUGUCCUUCCAGGCCAGGACCCCAGCCCUCACAGGGACCCUGGCACGCCGCACCCCGGCGGGGUGGAAGUGAGCGCGCUCUCCCUGCACUCGGGCCCAGAGCUUGUUUGGGACCACAGGUCCCCUCAUUUCACUGCCUACUCCUCCCAUUUUCCCCAGUCUGAACACCUUGGCUGACUCAGUCCCCCUGGCCAGAGGGGAGAACCCCUGAGAUAACAGCAGGAGGAAAUGCAGGGUCCCAGAGACCACGGUGGGCAGGACGGAGAGGGAAGACCUAGCUUUAAAUAGCCUUGUUCAUGUUUUUCUGUCUUCCACACCCACUGGGGCCUGGGGCCUACCCCAGUGGGUGCCCCUAUUUCUCAUAGACUUAUGGGCCAGUUGACAGCAUGGGUCCAUAAUAAGCUCCCAUGAGACCUGGCAGGGACCACCUCUGCCUGGCAGCCCAUCCUGAGGGGCCUGGAGAGGCGAGGUCCUCGGCUCCCUGGGCAUGGGCUCGGGCACACUCGUCCUGAGGCCCAGGCAGCGAAGGUGGUGCUGAGCUCCGGGGCUGGACCCCAAGGCCCCAGACUCAGGAGCUGAUUUCUGCCUCCCCUGCCCUUGGGCUGAGAGUUCAGGGUGAGGGUGAGGGUCCUGGCUAGGCCAUCAAGGUUCUGGUGCUCCCCUGAGGCCCAGUGAGGCCUCCCGUUUGCAUUCCUUUUGUAAAUUCACUGGCCGGGACAUCUGAGAAGAGCAUGAGGGGAGAGGUUUUCUCCCCGGAGGACCCAUGAGCUUUGCUCUUCCACCCCAGGGGAUGGUGAAGAGAUCUUCAGAGGUGGACCUUCCCUCUCUGACAGGCUCUGAGCCACACUGUGCAGAGAGGAAUGACAGAGGCUGGUGGAGGAGUCAGGGCCAGGGCUGGGGUUGGAACCCCUGCCCCCAACUCCCAGUCCAGGGCUGAGGUUGGCUCUGGAGAGAGAGUCCUUGGUCCUACCUUGUGAUACCAACGCUUUUCCCCAAGGAAGCCUAGGGGUACUCUGAGGUGACCGCCUCUCGCAAGCGCUGUCUCCUGGGCACCCCUCAGCCUCCUGGGGAGCACCUUCUCCCUCUGGCUUCUGUGGGGCUCCGGCAGGAGUGGCCACACUGAGCUAACUCCAGAGUUCCUUAUCCAGAAGAGCUUCCUAGAGGCGGUGGUGAUCGCGAGGCCAGGGCUUUCAGAGGACAACAGGAAGGCAGCUGGAUCUGGACAGGAUUCCAGGGGCUGAGUUUGUCCAGGUCACCCCUGCCAUAUGCCUACUCUGGGCUUGGCUGUGUGCGGGUGGGUGGGACAGGUGGGAAGGAAGAGCCAAGGGGGAGGAGAAGGGGAUGGAUGAGACAUGGAGCUGGCCCGUGGAGGGCUCAGCCCAGGUGGGGAGAGAAGCUCAGGCACUGAGAAGUACGACAGGGAUGCCUUCCAAAAGUGCCCUGGGCCCCACGGGAGACCUCGGGGUCUGUGGGCCGCUGGGCCCGAGGGCAGAUGGACAGUCUCGUGAUUUGUGUAUAUGGAGGUGUGUCUGGAAAGGCUUCUCGGCUGAGAGGCUGAUGCAUACGUUCAACAAGGCUUUGAAGG